AUGAGUGAAGACUGGACUGACGCCCCAGUGGUCGGUGCGGCCAGCGCCUCCGGUGCCGUUUCCGCCGCAGCCGCCGCCUCCGUCGUCGGCCUGCCCGACAUUGCGGACAUCAAGCUCUUCGGCCGCUGGUCCACCAGCGACGUCCAGGUCUCCGACAUCUCCCUCACCGACUACAUCGCCGUGAAGGAGAAGUUCGCCCGCUACCUGCCCCACUCCUCGGGACGGUACGCUCAGAAGCGCUUCCGCAAGGCGCAGUGCCCCAUCGUCGAGCGCCUGACCAACUCGAUGAUGAUGCACGGCCGCAACAACGGCAAGAAGCUGAUGGCGGUGCGCAUUGUCAAGCACGCCUUCGAGAUCAUCCACCUGCUGACCGGAGAGAAUCCGCUGCAGAUUCUCGUCAAUGCGAUCAUCAACAGCGGCCCCCGUGAGGACUCCACCCGAAUUGGCCGCGCCGGAACCGUCCGCCGACAGGCUGUCGACGUCUCGCCACUGCGUCGCGUCAACCAGGCCAUCUGGCUGCUGUGCACCGGAUCCCGAGAGGCCGCCUUCCGCAACAUCAAGACCAUCGCCGAGUGUCUCGCCGACGAGCUGAUUAACGCCGCAAAGGGCUCGUCAAACUCGUACGCCAUCAAGAAGAAGGACGAACUGGAGCGAGUUGCCAAGAGCAACCGAUAA